AAAAGAUCAAGACAAAAGUUAGAUCAUACAUCUCCAUCUAAAACAAAGAUGGAAAAUAUUAGAUUUCAAAGAAAAUCUGAUUUCAAUUCAGGUAGUUUUAAACAAGCUGAUAUGAGAAAUAUGGAUGAUUCAGAGGUUACAGAUGAAGAAAAAAUUCAAGAACUAGAAAUAAUAAUAAGAGAAUAUGACAGGGAAUUUAAUCGGAAACCUUUUACUGGCACAGAAUCCAGUUUAAGCUUUAGUUUGGCAGAUUAUUAUCAACUGCACUUGGGAAUCGAACAGAUAAGAAUACCAGAAAUAUUUUUUCAACCUUCAAUAAUUGGCAUAGACCAAGCAGGAAUCGCAGAAACAUUAGAAAUGGUUUUGUCUUGUUAUUCUCAUCAGACACAAUUAGAUUUGGUUCAAAACGUUUUUCUAACUGGUGGAUGUGUUUGUAUUCCUGGUUUCAAAGAAAGAAUUCAAGGUGAACUUCUUGCAAUGAGACCAUUUCAGAGUCAUUUUCAUGUACAGUUGGCAAAUUAA